AUGUCGACCCACGACUUGGCGGAGUUGGAACGUCUUGCAUUGGAACUGGCUGCGAGGGUAGGUGAUCAAUUACCGGCGGUCAUCCUUCAACUACUGAAAGAUGGAGUCGACCUUUCUAGCGAGCCAUUGCAGCUUGAUUGCAGUCUGCGGCGCCUUGAUGACGCUCUCCAAGGCCCUUCGAACCAAAUCUACAGACUCGCAUCUGUAGGACUUGAAGAGACAACAUCCCGUGGCUCGCCAGUGGUAGCUUCUAAUGUCCAACCUACGCUCAACAGUCCGAUCGGGGGACAUAGUCCCAUCAGGAGUCGCGCAUCCCCACUGCUGCAGCGAAGCCCCGACGAGCUGCUUGAAGGUGCUACCACAGGUCUGGCUACCCCAACGGCCUCACCAGUCGGACAGGAAAAUCGAGUUGCGAAGAGCCGAAAGGCCAACACCGGUCUCCGCGUAAGCACAUCAUCUUUCGACGAGGAUGGUAUAAUCACUCGUCAAUCGAGCAAUGAGCGAAGUGUCUCCUUGCCACGCAAAAAGCGUUUGCCCGACAACCCAGCUCUGCAGCCAUCUACAUUGGACAAGUAUAUUGGCGGGGUCUGGGACUCUAUCUACUCAAGUAUAAAGCUAGAUCCGACAGAAGUUAUAGAACAGUGGCAAGCUAUUGAGUCGAGCGGCCAACCUCGACUCCUAAUAGACACCGAACGAGAGAUGGCUGUUCACCACGAGAGCGCGGUACAAGGAGUCUUCGGGAGAAUGAGCAUUCUCACACGGAAAGUGAGCCAGGCCAGCCGGACAUGUCGCUCGCUCGAAGUGAUUGUACAGGCCCAUUGGGUUCGAUGUUUCGAGGAUCGUGUGGCCGACCUUGGCACGAGUCUUACUCGUGAAAAGGCGAAGAAGCAGACCAUAGCAGAAGCAUGCCUUAACUUCUCCUGGUCAGAGAAGGAGCUAAGGAACAAGAUGGCAAUAUGGAAAGGCUAUCAUGAUAUCAUGGAAUCUGGAGGUUGGGCAGCCUUAGUCUUUGCGGGCGCAGGUCUUUACCGAUUCUGCAAGUACCGUGUCUCAUUUACUGAAGAGACGUUUGCCACAUUGCAGAUGCUGCGGCAUCGCUUCGAAGUGGCAGCAGACACUUUGCAUCCUCGAUGGAGACAGCUUCUUGGCAUUAUUGGUGGCCCCACGGAACGCAAGUACAACGGUCAUCCUCACGAUCAUGUUGUUUGUGGUGCGUCGAACGAAGCGAUACCGUUGCCGAUCACUUACCACCAAUGGGACAAGCACUUUGCUUAUGAACACCUUGACGAGUCGAUGAUCGACGAAGAAGUUUGGGGCGAAUAUGAUCCGCGACUAGUGACUAUGGACACCUCAGAUGGUCACAAAUGCCAGCAGUGUCAUGAGCCACAGUCCGAUGAUCCACGAGACAACAGGUGUCAAUGCUACCCAAACUUAUACGGCGGCACAAAAGCAGGUGCUACGCCUGUACAGGUCUACAGAACAUCAAACGGCAAAAAUAACGGCCUCUUGGCAUGUUGCGCAUUCGAGCCAGGUUCAGCAGUAGGUGAAUUUGUUGGACAAAUUACAUCUGGUCUGCAGAAUAUAGACGUCAUGGUUGGGCAGACCGACAAAGCAGUUUAUCAGAUUUGGCAAGGGAGAAAAGGAAACUUCACGCGAUUCGUGAACCAUUCUUGCCAGCCGAACAGUCAGUACGAGCGGUUUGUAUGGCUUGGCACUCAACGGAUAGUGCUUAUGAGCAUGGGCAUCGAGGCUGGAGAAGAGAUCACGGUGGACUAUUCAGAGUCUUACUGGAAGGUCAGUGUGUUUUGUUUCCUGGAAAGAGCUCUGCUAACCUUCCUUCUUGAUUACAGAAUCUGGACAAAGUCUGUCUUUGUGGACACGAGAAGUGCCGAUAUCGAAAUGGAGAUCGAGAUCGUAAUCUGCUCAGUGCAGCUUCUAAUAGCUAAUGAUAACCUAGUCACCUCAAAGAGCUCCAUCAAUACUUAG